UGGACGGAAGUAAAUGGCUUCCAGAUGUCGAUGAAGGCGGUCUUUAAUAAAAUUUCCACGCGGUAUCCCAUCUGGUUUCCAUAGAAAGCUCUCCAUUCUGGUCAAUAUCAGCCAGCUAUCUGCCUCUCAGUGUGUCAUCUGUCGUAGACUGUAUUCCUCGGCGGCUAGAUGGGUUGUAUGCCAGGCCAAUCACACGCGCUAUCAUUGUCAAUCACGAAUCUGCAAGCGCCAGACGCACAACGCGUGCCGCAAGCUUCAUUGAUCUUAAAGUCGUUCAUCUUCCAAUUGCUGUGCAAGAAGCCAUGGGAACUUGAAGACUCGUACCCUCUUCGCGUCAGCCACUUACCUUGGAUACAAGUGCUGCACAAACCUGGAAGAAGGUGCACUGCAGCACCCUUGACACACAAAACGACUUGUCGACACAUCCUGUCUUGUGCAGCAUUAUGCUGUGCAACCAUAACUCUCCUCGGGAAAACUUCGGGUUUCGAGACUCGCAGGUCGGCCAUCUGGAACACCAUGGAGCUCAACGAGCGGACAGACUUUACAAGGUAUCGACAGUUAGAUGACCGAUUUGCUUUUGAAGAUACAAGAGACCGGCUGCUUGUACUAUUGUGCAGGUCCACCGACAGCUCGUGAAUGGUGGAAUCGAACUCGGCUCACCACUUGUUCCG